AUGAUCACACGUGCCCAACCUUUAAUGAUCGCACGUACCCAACUUUCCAUGAUCGAAUGUGCCGAACCUUCCAUGAUCGCACGUACCCAACCUUCCAUGAUCGCACGUGCCGAACCUUCCAUGAUCGCAAGUACCCAACCUUCCAUGAUCGCACGUGCCGAACCUUCCAUGAUCGCAUGUACCCAACCUUCCAUAAUCACACGUGUUCAACCUUCCAUCACCACACGUGCCCAACCGUCCGUAAUCACACGUGCCAAAUCUUCCAUGACAACACGUAUUCAACCUUCCAUUACCACAUGUGCCAAACCUUCCAUGAUCACAAGCGCCCAACCUUCCAUAAGCACACGUGCCCAACCUUCCAUGACCACACGUGCCAAACCUUCCAUGACCACACGUGCCAAACCUCCCAUGACCACACGUGUCCAACCUUCCAUGAUCACACGUGCCCAACCUCCCAUGAUCACACGUUCCCAACCUCCCAUAAUCACAAGUGCCAAACCUCCCAUGACCACACGUGCCCAACCUUCCAUGAUCACAUGUGCCCAACCUUCAUUGACAACACGUAUCCAACCUUCCAUGAUCACACGUAACUAA